AUUGUUUUUCAAUACGAAUGCACCCACACAGACGAAAAGAAGCAACCAUGGCGAACACAGAAACGGCUCCUCAGAAAAUGGAAGUUGACUACAGUUCUACUGUAGAUGAAAAGCUUCCAAAAUGUGAAAAAUUGGCUAAACAAGGGAAAUUGACAGAAGCACUGGAUAUACUGAUGUCAUUAGAAAAACAAACAAGAACAGGAGCUGAUACUCAUUCCACAAGUAGAGUCCUGAUGACGGUAGUUCGCCUCUGUUUUGAAAACAAAAAUUGGGAUGCACUGAAUGAAAGUAUUGUCUCACUUACAAAGAAACGAGGACAGAUAAAACAGUCUGUCACAAAGAUGAUCCAGGAAGCCUAUACCUAUGUAGAAAAGACUCCAGCUGGCAACAUGGAUGUGAAACUCAAGUUGAUUGAUACACUGAGGACAGUUACGGCUGGAAAAAUCUAUGUGGAAAUUGAGCGUGCACGACUCACCAGAACUCUGGCCAAGAUAAAGGAAGACAGUGGCAAGGUAACGGAGGCUGCGGACAUACUUCAGGAGCUACAGGUGGAGACGUUUGGGUCAAUGGAAAAGAAGGAAAAGGUGGAGUUUAUUCUAGAACAGAUGAGAUUGUGCCUAGCAAAGAAGGACUACAUCAGGACACAGAUCAUCAGCAAAAAAAUUAGCUCAAAGUUCUUUGAGGAAGCAGGAACAACCGAGCUAAAGUUGAAAUAUUACCAGUUGAUGAUUGAGCUUGACGAACAUGAGGGAUCCUACCUUGCAAUCUGUAAACAUUACAAAGCUGUAUAUGAUACACCAGAGAUCAAAGAAAACAAAGACAAAAUGAGGGAGGCUCUGCGUUAUGUAGUACUGUAUGUGAUACUGGCACCCUACGAUAAUGAGCAGUCAGACUUCAUACACAGAGUCAAGGAAGACAGAAAUCUGGAAGAAAUUGCCAAAUACCAAGAGCUUCUAAAUUGUUUCACGACGUCAGAGCUGAUCACAUGGAAGCAGCUGUGUCUGACAUACGAGAGCGAGCUAAAGUUUGGUUCCACAAGUAGUCCAGCUACCCACGUCUUCAACACAAAGCUGGAAGGGGGAGCAAAACGCUGGGCAGACCUAAAAAAUAGAGUUGUAGAACAUAAUAUUCGUGUGAUGGCCAAAUACUAUACCCGUGUGAGGACCAAGAGAAUUGCUGAUCUUUUGGACCAGUCUGAAGCGGAAUCUGAAGAAUUUUUGUCCAACCUUGUUGUGAACAAGACUGUUCAAGCCAAGAUGGAUCGCAUGGCGGGUAUAGUGAAUUUCACCCACCAAAAGGACCCAAGUGACAUUCUCAAUGACUGGUCCCACAACAUCACCACACUGAUGCAACUUGUCAACAAGACAAAUCACCUCAUUACCAAGGAGGAGAUGGUACACAAGCUCCAUUGACCAUCAUAAUUCUCAUCAAAAAUUAAUAGUGCUACAAAAGUGGUAGACCAAUAGUCGUCUAAACACACACAUUGUUUUUUAACAGUGGGACUUCCAGUCUCUAUUGUUGCCUCGGGCACACUGCCAUACUUAGUACAUCAGUGUGAAUUUAUAAGUUCAGAAAUCUUCAUAAUGAAGCCAUUUUCCUGGAGGUUUACAAAAAUUGCAUUAGAGUUCCUUAUAAAGAGAAUAUGGAUAAAUAUAGAAAGCAAUGGAAAAAAAACUUCUUCUAUUCUUUUCUUUAAUUACUUAUAUGCAGAUUCUAGUGCAUCGUGUAUAUUGAAAUAUUUCAUGAAAUUUCAAGCUUUUCUGAGACAUGCUGAAAUAAUUCGAAUGGAACAUUUCCUGUAUUUAAUUUUCACCAUUAAAAGGUUGAACAAAU